AUGGUAGUACUGCUGGAAGCUGGUCCGCACUGUCGUACGCCCAGCUGGGCAACGUUUGCACUGCCAGACGCGGAGCAGUCGUGGCUAGCGAUUGUGGUCGUAAAGUUGAAUGGUCGUAAGUUGCAUAGGUCCCCAGAGACAGCAAUGAAAGGACCUGCUGCUUCCUGGAGUAUAAGGAUUUCAUCUGGGGGGCUGCAGGGCAGGAAAGAGAGUUUGAAGGGUGUGUGCAUCAGCGGCACCUACCCCAUAAGUUUGUUACAAGGAUUCAGCGAAAUAAGGAAAGCAGUUCACCUAGGGAUUAAGAACAUAGUCUUUGGUCUGCCCUCCACCUGGCAAGGGAGUCCCGUCUGUCCAGAUUGUUCCGGAUCUUGCUGCCCACCCAGUGGCCGAAGUCCCUCAGGUCUGGAGGCCGCAGUAUUAAAGGCUGAGCAGCAGCAGAAGCAGAAGUGGGCUGUGAGUACUCAAACCACUGCCUGGAGUAAUGUUGAUUCUAAGUUUGGCCAGAGAAUGCUAGAGAAGAUGGAGUGCUAUAAAAGGGGUUUAGGGGUUCAAGAUCAAGGAGGACCCCAUCAUAUUAAAGUUCAAGUUAAAAAAAAAAACCACAUGGGACUUCAAUUGACAAUCAAUAAUGAAGACAACUGGAUUGCCCAUCAAGGUGAUUUUAACCAGCUUCUGGUGGAACUGAACACUUUCCAGAGGCAGAAAACAGCAGACUCCUCAGACAAUAAGAAAAAGAAAUCUUUUAAUCUUGAGGAAAAGUCCAAAAUCUUUAAAAACUGUGUUCAUCAUAGGAAAUUCACAAAAGAAAAUGAUCUAUCAUCUCGAGCAAAAAAGAACAGAACAAAACAACGACACCUAUGCCUUCACCAUCCAGGAGCAUUUUGCCAAGAGGAUGGCAGCACUGAAGAACAAGCCCCAGGUCACAGCUCUAGGGCCUGA